AUGGUGGCCCGGAUGACGGGGUUCAUCCGGACGGUGGAGGAGAUGCCCGCAGCGGUCAGGAGCUGGCCGCUGCAUUUGAAGCACAACACGCCGCUGGACAUGGCCGCGGUACUGGCGAUGCCCACGCACCGGGCACGGACGAAGCGCUUCCUGCUGCGCGUGCAGCCCUUUCUCGACACGCGCUUCUUCGACGGGCUGCGCACGUCGCGCACGGUGAAGCCAUGCGCGCUGACGGCGGCGGAGGUGGCGCGCGCGGUGGAGAUGGGCAAGUUCGAGCCCGUCCCCGCCGGUGUGCUGGGGCCCGGCUGCGUGCAGCUGCCGGACGGCGUGCACGGGGUCAACGUGUUCACGGUGCCGGAGCUGAAGGGCCGUCGGCGGCUCAUCACGGAGCCGCUGCUGAACCGGGUGAUCCCGAAGCACCAGGUGCCGCGCGUGCACUACGACACGCGGCUCGGCCGCCGGCAGAGGUUGCGCAGCGCCCGCUACAUGCUGCAGAUAGACUUCGAGGCCUAUUACGACGCUAUCCCGAUUGCGGAGACGCUGCGUAACAGGUUCGUCUUUCGUGCGAAGCAUGACGGGCGCUACUACCGGCUGCGGACGCUGCCGACUGGUGCGCGGUGGAGUGUUGCGGUGGGGCAGGCAGUGACGUGGGUGAUCGUGGACAUCGACACGCCCGUCACGAUCAGCACCCUCAUCGACAACAUCCUGGUUGCCGCCCGCGAGGGCGAGGAGGCGGAGUUCGUGCGCGCGGUGCGCAGCAUUGUGGCGCGCAUCAAGGCGGCGAACCUGAUGACGUCGCCGAACCGCGACGAGCUGGAGGCGAUGUCGGACGCGGAGCUGCUGGCGCUGGCCAGCGAGAACACGGUGUUCCUCGGCGAGGAGUACACGUGGAACGGCCGCGAGCGGCUGGUGCGCAACUCGGUGAAGACGGUGGCGAAGCUGCAGCUGGCGCUGCGGAAGCCCCGGCACACGAUCCGCAGCCUCGCGUCGCUCAUCUCGCUGAUCUUCUUUGCGCUGCACACGACGCAGCUGAACCCCGCGCGCGCCUUCAAGCUGCUGAGGGCGUACCGGGGGAUCUACCGGCUGACCUUCCGUGGGUUCGGCUGGGACGCCGCGGUGCCGUACCUGGACGCGGCCGUGGCACGCUCGCUGCAGGAGAUUGGCGGCGAGCUGGCGCGCAACGCGUGGAGCACCAUCUCCGACGAGCGCCACCCCACGCUGGACGAGGGCGACUACGACGCCGUGGUGUUCACGGACGCGUCGCUGGAGGGCUGGGGUGCGGUGCUGCACCUGCGCGAGAACCCGGCGGAGACGUGGACGUACCGCCAGCGGUGGACCGAGGACCUGGAGCGCGCGUUCGCACAGGCCGACGGCGACGACAGUGCGGCGGUGCGCCGCGCACUGGAGGCGAUGUACGCGGGCGGCGAUUGUAGUCGCGCGAAUGUCUGCGCCUUCGGCCGUCAAGUCUCUGCGGCCGCUACAUGUCGCUCCCACUGCACGAUGCUGACUCACUCUCUCCGCUCCUGCCUCACUCCUCUCUUCUUACUCACUGCAUAG